AUGGUCGAUUUCAGCGCCACCCCCGUUGGGAAAGAGGACACGAAGCUGUUUUGGGGGGACUCCGUCUUCACAGAAGAGGCUGAGGAGGGACGGGAGGAGGAGAAGGCCGACGGUGGUACUUUCGGCAGCUUGCUUGAUAAUGCCGAGAAAUGA